AUGUGUUCAAGUUACUAUGACACGAAGGGAGAAAUGCAGGAUUUGGAUGACGAAACAAAGAGUGAAUUUGCUCAAGCUAACAACAACAAUGUGAACGUAGUUGCAUUUGCCUGCAAACGUACACAGCUUGUUGAACUUGGUGAAAAUGGCCUAACAUUCAUUGGUAUGUUUGUCUUAGAAGAUACUUUCAAUCUAGACAGCAUGAGGCAAGCAAUUGUGAAUCUGAAAGAAGGCGGAGUGAAGAUGAUAUUUGCCUCGGAAGAAGAUGUUGAAGUGCUUCGUACCAUUGGUGAUGAAACAGGAUUGCUCAACUCACAUGAAGCUCUAGUAGUUAGGGGCGAAGAGGCUACAGAGGAAAAUGUUGAGAAAAUUUGCAUUAUGGGAAAUUCCUCUCCUGCACACAAGCGUUUUUUAAUAGAGCAGUUGAAGAAAAGAGGAGAAGUGGUGGCUGUGGUAGGAGAACAAACAUCUGAAAGUAAUGUGGUUCUUGAAGCAGCUCAUUUUGGCCUGCCUGUGGUGACUAACCGGCCUAAAACUAUAACUUAUGUGAUUAACAGCAUCAAGGGAGGAAGAAUUGUUUGUGAGAAUCUGAGGCAAUUCAUCCAAGUUGAGGUAAUCCUGGCAAUCAGUAGCUUAUCAAUAAACUUCAUAGUGGUUAUAGUAGACGGUGAUGCCCCGUUAACAUUCAUUCAGUUGGUAUGGGUUAAUAUUCUUGUUACAUUUAUUGGAGGGCCAGCUUUGCUAAUUACUCAGCAGGCCACAAGACAACUAAGUGAUGAGCUUUCUAUCAGACCAAGAAAACAGCCAAUUACCAAGGGCAUGUUGAGAAACAUACUUCUUCAAGUUUUUUAUCAGACUGGUAUAUUUGUAUUCCUUCAACACAGAGGAAGUGCAAUACUGGGCAUCACUCCAAAAGUUAACAGAUCUAUAGUCUUUAACGGGUUCGCUCUGUGCCAGCUUUUUAACAUAUUCAGUGCAAGGGAUUUGGAGCAGAGGAAUUAUUUCAAAGGUCUCGGUCAAAAUUACUUGUUUUGGGCAUUGUCUGGGCUCUAUCUUGUGUUGCAGUUUGGAUUCAUUGAAGUAUAUUAA